AUUUGCUAAUUUUCCUUGUUUUCUUCGACUGUUGCCAUGGCCUCUCUCCAACGGAAAGAAAAAGUCUCGUCGUUGCUAUCUUGGUGUGAGAUAAAGAUACAAACUUCCACAAAACGCCAAGAGCCAUCAAGGGCUAUCGAAAGCUCCUGGUUCCGAUAGCAAUACACAAAAAUAGCAAUCUCCCCUAGCCAGAAGGGUUAUCGGCAUCAUCACUAUUCACUAUCACAGCAAAGUAAUAAUGUCGGUAACACUGCGAUAUCACCAUGUUUCCUUCUGUCUUUUGUUGCUUUGUGCUGCAGCCCUUGGAAGUGUGGGUGCCUUUCAAACUCCCUUUCGCAGGCGCUUCCUGAGUCCUGGUCUGGAAAAGACCAAGAGCAAGAGUUUGGUCCAAGAAGCAGCCGUCCAUGCCACCACCAAAGCUGUGCGCAUGAACUCGACGGCGGUCGGUGUUCCCACGGUCCCCUCGAUUCAACAGCAAACCAUCUACGUGCCCCCAAAGGCUUUGCCUCUGGUCCCAUCCAAGACCGUAUUGACUCUUGCUGGAUCGGUUCUCGCUUUGAACUCUGGAUUCCUCAAUGGAAUCGCACUCGGGGGUCUCUUGUUCCCUGCCGGUGGUCCGACGCAGGCCGUGGCUGCCUGUACGGGAGCUUACACUAACGUGGCCGUCUCCGCCGCCACAUCGUCGCAAGCCGUAUUCGCCAAUGCCUUUCACCUGGGAGCCAUUCUGAGCUACUUUGCCGGGUCUUGUCUCAACGGGAUGCUCUGUCCACGAGGGGUCAAUUGGCGGUCACGAGUUCCCACCAAGAGUUUGCUCUUUAGUGCUGCCCUAGUCAGCUUGGUCUUUGGGAUUGCUCCCGUCGUGGCAAGUCCUCGUUUGUGCUGGUACUUGCUAACCAUUGCCUGCGGAGUGCAAACGUCCUUCACGUCCAUGUUGAUCAGUGGCAAUCUCUUGCGCAGUGCUCACUUUUCCGGCAUGACAUCGGAUAUGGGAACUGUACUGGGGCAGUACUUGCGGGGUAACACGGAAAGUGCUUGGAAGCUCCCCGCGUGGAUGGCGCUGGUAUCCAGUUUUACUCUGGGAGGAUAUGUUUCGGUCAAGGCAGUUUCCGCAGUGGGACGAACGGCAUUGAUGCUACCGGUGUCACUGUAUCUUUUGGUGAGUGCUUCUGCAAGUCUGCGGCAAAGACUCACAGCGAAGGAUUAGGAAUUCUCGUUAUGUACAGAGAUUCCUACAAAGCUGGACGUCUCCAACAUCUCGUUUCAAUAGAUUAUACACGAAGAUAGCUGGAGCUGAGAGAACGAGGAUAGAUUGGGACUCUCAAAAUUUUUACGUUUGGUCGGUCGACAAGCCAUGAACAACAGUCCGGUUCCGUAUGGACCAGUCCGUUCCAAACAUACUUAUCAAUUCAUAGCUAUUGUAAGGCAUAAAAAGCAGUGAACGUCUUUAGAGUGA